GUUUCAUGCAGUUGAUGUACCUCUCAUUGAUCUAAGCAAGUCUUCAUCAGCCAAUACUACUCAAAAGGAUUCAACAUUUUAUCAACAAAUCCCUAAAGUAAAACAACCUACAAAUUGGAUCCCAUUUUCUAGGCGCGACUCAAAUGCAUUAGAACAAGCAUAUCGUUCAGGAAUUCCUGGAACUAAAGUUCCAUGCAACGAAGAUUAUUUAUUUGAAGUUGAUGUUGAUAAGCGUGAGAUUCAUUCUGUAUAUUGGUGUGGUCCUAUUUAUGAAGUCAGGCGUGGAACAUGGUUUCAACAAAUCGAACUUAAUAAGUAUAUACCCUGCGAUGAAAAUUUAGCAAUGCAAAUUGAAGAAGGUUAUAA